CCGGGUUGGUAGUACGUGUAGACGUGCAUGAUGAUUUUCUAAAGAGACUCAAGAAAGUUUUCCUUUAGAUUGUCAGACAUGGACCCGAAUGAAAUGGAUGCGAUUCCCUCAACUGGCCUUAAUAUUGAAGAUAAGCAGAUGUCUGGUUUAGAGAAGGAGACACUGCAUGUACCGCAAUCCGAUGCUUCAUUUGAUUUGGGUGAAAAUGCAGAUGAGCUCAAUAAAAGUUUGUCUGCCGCUGUGAAGCCGUUUCAGUGCUCUCAGUGCGGGAAGGGGUUUUCCCGAAUCCAGCAUCUGUCCGAACACGUCCGCAUUCACACCGGCGAGAGGCCUUUCCAAUGCCUGGAGUGUGGAAAGACGUUCGCGCGGGAGCGAGAUCUCAAGACUCAUCAGCUCGUCCAUACGGAUGCCAAGGCCUUCCACUGUGUGAUCUGUGUUAAAAACUUCGCCCUGUUAUCCUCCUUGAAAAGACAUCUACGUGCGUUUCAUCAAGGUGAAGAUGUCAGUACGGAGGGAAAGUGCUUAAUCUGUGUCGAAUGUGGGAAGAAUUUUGACUGCGAUCUGGAGGAGCACGAGCUGACACACACCGGAGAGAUUUCCCACCGCUGUCCCGACUGCGUCAACAGCUUUUCAGACCUAUCCAAUCUCAUGCCCCACGAUCAGACCUUCUCUGAAUCAGACGACGUCCACCGAUUGGAAGAUAAUGACCGUGAGAGACCCUGCAGUUCUCUGGCGUCUGAAGAUGUAGACCGACACUUACAAUCCGACCCACUGAACGACUGCAGUGAACCGCAGUCUGUGGCGUUUGCUGACAAUAUUGAGAGCGAUGGGUUUAACGAAAACAGUGCUCAACCGGAGGAGGCUAAAAGAGCUGCAUCUCCAUCAUCUGAGCGCUCUCUGGAUUCUGUUCAAAAGGACAUUGGACCAGCAGACGCUCCUCCAGAUGAAGAGUUUACAGCUGACCAGCAGACUUCUGAUGAAGAAAAGCCACACCAGUGCAAUCACUGUGAAAAGAGGUUUAACAAGCAAGCCAAGCUCCGAAUCCAUCUGCGGGUUCACACUGGAGAGAAGCCGUACCAGUGCUCUCAGUGUGAGAAAUAUUUCAGUCAAGCAGUAAACCUGAAGAAACAUUACCGCACUCAUCAUACAGAGGAGAAGCCAUAUCAGUGCAUGAUCUGUGACCGCAAGUUUUCAGUCUCCUUCUCCCUGAUUAAGCAUCAGCGUGUCGCUCAUCCAGAGUGUUUGAGUGUUGCUGAAAGGAAGCGCUUCACCUGUCCAUUCUGCGGAAAAAUAUUUGGACGCCAUCAAGACAUGGAGCAACACAAGCGCAUUCACACCGACGAGAGGCCGUUUCGCUGCAAUGUGUGCAACAAAAGCUUCAGGCAGCGCUCCGUGUUAAUCGUGCACAGGAAGAUCCACACUGGAGAAAAGCCCUUCGAAUGCUUCGUCUGCUGCAGACGCUUCUACGGUUCGGGAGAUCUGAAGACUCAUAUGGGCACGCAUACUGGCAUCAGGCCGCACAGCUGCCCACUGUGCUCGAAGAGCUUCCCUCGACCCAGCAGCCUGCAGGCGCACAUGCUGUCCCAUGUGAACAAGCAGCAGGACGGAAAUGAUGGGGGUAUUCCUCAGGAGGAGGAGGAGCUGGAGGACGCCUGUGGGGCUUCUGGAUCAUCAGCCAUGCUUUCUGACAAAACGAGCAACCAAUCAGAGAUGGAGAUGGACUUGAGUCCCUCAGCGAAUCAAGACCAUGAUGCCAAUCCGAGCUCCAGUUCAGAGCUGACAGAUCAUCAGAAGCCAUAUUUUUGCAUCCUAUGCGGCAAAACCUUCGCUCUCACCACGUCCCUGAAAAAACAUCAGCUCAUAUUUCAUCCAGAUCAGCAUGUUGAUGUGGAGGGGAAAUGUUUCGCCUGCUCUUACUGCGGGAGGAAGUUUGGUCGACGCCAGGGUUUAUUACAACACGAGCGCAUUCACACCGGAGAAAGACCCUUCAACUGCCCCACCUGCAACAAAAGCUUCCGGCAGCGCUCUGCUCUGGUGGUGCACAUUAGAUCACACACAGGAGAGCGCGCGUUCGUCUGCUUUGUGUGCAAUAAGAGCUUUUACACCCCGGGAGACUUGAAGAAGCAUCUGGAAAUACACACGGGAGUGAGACCACACAACUGCCCCAUCUGCUUUAAGGGGUUCGGGCGUCCCAGUUUCCUCCGCACUCACAUGCGGACCCAUGAAAAAACCUCCACAAAGAAGCAAAGUGGAUCUGAGAAACCGGCAGAAAAACCAAAAGUGUCCUCUCAAGAAAAGCCGUUUGAAUGCAGUCAUUGCGGGAAGAAAUUCAGCCAGCAGUGCAUGUUUAAAAUCCACCAGCGGAUUCACACCAGUGAAAAACGCUAUAAAUGCACCGAGUGCGGCCUUAGCUUUCGCUGGAGGAGAAACCUGAUCUCGCACCAGAGCACCCACCCGGGACAAAACCCUCUCCAGUGUUCAAUGUGCGAUCAAACAUUCGUCUCUGAAGCUGCUGUAAAGAGUCAUCAAGAUACAUUCCACUCUGGGGUCUCCCACACAUGCAGUUUGUGUCUGAAGACAUUCACUAAGGCGGCAGGUCUGAGGAAACACGUGCGUUACGUUCACGAAGGAGAACGCCCCCACAAAUGCACCGAGUGUAACAGAGGAUUCGUUAAAGUGUCUGAUCUGGCGCGUCAUCAGCGCCGCCAUCACUACGACCGCGGAAACCAACUCUUCCAGUGCUCCCAGUGCGAACGCAGCUUCAGCCACCCCAGCAGUCUGGUUCUACACCGGCGCACACACACCGAAGAAAAACACCAGUGUCCGCAGUGCGACAAGAUCUUCAACCAGGCGGGGCACCUGAAAGUUCACAUGCGCACGCACACCAAGGAGAUCAAACCCAAAUUCGAGUGUCCGGAUUGCGGGAAGAGUUUCGGACAGACGAAGGAUCUGAUGGUGCAUCAGAGGGUCCACACCGGAGAAAAGCCGUACCAGUGUCCUCAAUGCAAGAAGAGCUACAGGCAGUUUGCGCAUCUGUCUGUUCAUCUGCGCAGUCACACGGGGGAAAAGCCCUACCAGUGUCCCAUAUGCCUCAAGUUCUUUGCCCAUUCGUCCUCUAUGAAGAAACACCUGCGUGUAAUGCAUCCAGAUGCGAAGGAUGCUCCUGUUGGCGCCGGUCCGUCAAACACAAGUGUGGAAGUCAAACAGGAGCCAGUGUCUUCUGAUGAAGAUGAAUAUCAAGUGAAAUCUGAAGAAAACGACUUUGCUAUAAUGGAUGAGGUGAAGGCCGUUACGGUCUCCUCAUGUCCGUCCAGUCCUAUGACUUUAAAAGAGGAAAAAUAAGCGUUGUGGAUGGAAACCAGGAUUUCUCACCUGCCAAACAUCAUACAGAUCUUCAGUGUCUAUUAAAGACUGCUCCAUUUCUGAUGCCAAAUAAACUGUUUUUGAGAAAUAAUAAUACUAUUCAAGACUCGCUCCAGAAACACUUCAGUCAUCAUGAAACCACACAACAGCAGUCCAUGUGGCUUUUUUAGUUAGUUACCAUAGUCGAGGAGGAAAAUACACAUUCACUUUUUUUGUGGAAAACCUUCCCUAUCAGAUCUCCUGAUGAGAAAUAAUCCCAUCUGAAGAACUUUCCGUCCAUUCAGAACAUCUCAAACCUGAUCUACAGGGUAGGCCAUUUAUAUGGAUACACCUUAAUAAAAUGGGAAUGGUUGGUGAUAUUAACGUCCUGUUUGUGGCACAUUAGUAUAUGUGAGAGGGCUCUUGAAAGAAUAAAGUUACGUUAAAACCAAGCACACCAUUGUUUUCCUUGUGAAAUUCCCAAUAAGUUUGAUGUGUCACAUGACCCUUUUCCUAUUGAAAAAAACAACAGUUGGAUCCAAGAUGACUGACUUCAAAAUGGCCACCACCCAUCAUGAAAAGUUUGGCCCCUCACAUAUACUAAUGUGCCACAAACAGGACGUUAAUAUCACCAACCAUUGCCAUUUUAUUAAGGUGUAUUCAUAUAAAUGGCCCACCCUGUACAUCUGUUUAGAAUCUGCAGAGACGCAGUUUGAAGACUACAGUUGAAGACUAAAUGACGUUAUUAGCCCUCUAGUGAAAUUUUUAUAACAUACAUGUCAGAUCUGGUGGGAAGGUAAAUCCAGCCUUUCUCCGGUCCCAGAGGCUCUGUGCUGGUUGUGGAAAUUCAGAAUUGACCCAAAACAAUUGAUUACGAUCGGCUAAGAUUGGCAAUGAAAGUUUAGAAAUGGGGUUUAACUGGCGUACUAAAAGAUACAGAAAAUUUAUGAAAUGAAUAAAUAUAACAAUAAUAAUCUAUUUGCCUAGAAUAAGACAAAUUUUACUUAUACAUUUUUCCUACACAUUUUAAACGGUUUUAAAUUGACCAUUAAAAUAUUUUACUAUUGUGGAAUAACUAGAGCAAAGCAAUCUUGGGUGAUGUUUUGUUGUUAUUUUUGCAGAAUUUUGUAAAAUAUCUGUGGAUUUAUGUGGAAUGGUCUUAAGUAACUAAAAACCUAAUACAAUAAAUAAAAAAUAACAUUUUAAAUGUAAUAGUAAGGUGUACAAUGCAAAUCCAAUUGUUUGGUAAACAAAUCAAGUCUGCAUCUACUAAAAGACAGCAAAUAUUGUCCAUAAAUCAUAAAAACGGUUGCAAAUUAUUCAAUAUUAUUACUACAAUUAAUAUAAAAAUAAAAUAAAUAUAUAUUUACACACCACAUGAGUAAAAGAAUAGUGUGCCUAGUAUUGACAUUCAUUUACAUUAAAGCAUAAUGUACAAUAACAUAUAUGAUUAAUGUGUACUUAGUGUAAAAGAUUCAAGCAAAUCCCAGAAAAUACAUGGUUAUCUUCAAAACCAUGUAUAAAUGAUUUGGCAUAAAGACACCACAUGGUUGUGAACUGAGGCUAUCCAAAAUCGACCCAUCAUACCCUCAAAUGGUGCACUAUUUGAGUUAGCGACCACUUCUAGUCAUGUCCCAAAUCAUAGCGGAUCAUAGUGGACAAUGCACUGUAAGAGUUCGCGCCAAAUUAACGUCCGCGUCUGACCACAAGAUGGCGUCUAACGAGCGAUCCUGUCAGUGUAAGUUUUAAACACAAAUAUUGUUCAAAGCAACGUUUGUAUACACGAUAAAAGUAUGUUUCAUAACUGUUAUACAGUAGGCUAAGUGUUUAAUAACUACCACAGGCUUUGACCAGGAAGUUUAAAAUGUAUUCCUUCUCUGAGGGAGCAGCAAAACACAAACAAAAGUGCUUAGAUUCACUCGUUCAAGUGGACUAUAUUAGCGAACUUAUGUAGGGAAUAGUGAAUGAGACUAGGCUAUAAGAGGCAAUUUCGAAUACAGAAUGAUUCCUAUUUGUCUUUACAAACACAAAAAACAAUCCUAAAUAAUUAAGAUCAAACGUUUUGACAACAAAUUUCUAAUAAGAUUUUGUCUUUGCUUGAUGACAGAACAUAUUUCACUAGUUAUUUUUUUUUCAAGAUUAUUCAGCUUAUAGUGCAAUUCAAAGGCUUAAUAAGUCAGGGUUGUGUGGUUAUUUGAAAAAGGGGGUUAAUAAUAUUGACCACAGGAGUUUUAUUUUUACAUAUUUCUCAAUUAUAAUUUUUCUUUAUUCCACCCAAACUAUAAUAAAUUGGACUUUCCCCUGGGAAAAAAAGCAAAUCCUGUGAAAAUUACCUGUUAAACAUCACUUGGGAUAAUGAAUAUUUAAAAUAAUUAAAAUUCCACAAGAGGGCUAAUCGUUUUAGUCUUCAGCUGUACAUAAACUGUAUGAUUUUGAUUGAAUUGUUUGUAGAAAGAAGCCUUGGCACCUACUGUGAGUACAGCUUCCAUCAGGUAGAUGAUUGUGUGACUUCUCUUCUAGGCUGCAUACUUCCAGUCCUCAUCAAACUCCUCUGUAGGUUUCAAAUAAUCCCGAAGACUUUUAGAUUAGCUUGAUUAUUAGUGUUUGUAUCAAAGAUCUACUGAUAUCCUACAGUUAAGCUCCAAACGCCUGCAUGGAAGUGUGUGUUGAGUCUGAAGAUCUGGAUCAUCUCCUCCAGGUGUGUUUAAUCAUGAUUAAAGCUCAACUCUGCAGGACUCUCCUCAAGCAGAAGAACUGAACCAUUAA